AUGUUGAACUGGAAAGCUGCCAAAUCGCCAAUCUGCUUUGUUAUUUCAUUUGCUGCCAUAGCUUUUGUAAUCUACACAAGGGGCUUCAGCUUUUAUGAUUCUGCCAACCAUGUCGAUAUUACAGCUUGUCAGAUUUACACAGCUUCCCAUAAUGCAGGUGAUGUCUCUGAAGCACCAGAAAAGAGUAAAGCAAACACCACGGCGUCCAGGCCAUUGCUUAACAAGCAAGCAAUUAAAGAAGAAGAAGAAGAAAGUGAGAAGCCCGAUCCUAUGAUUCCUCCUCCCAAUUUGAGAGGAGAAGAGAAAAGGAAAUGGAUCCAGAGAACAGUCCCGGAACUUGAAAUUCUUAAAUCAAACGAUUCGGGUCGGGAAUUCAACGGUCGUGUUCAGGAAUUUUUUAACCAACAGUGUACAAUUCAAUUCUUCAUGGUUUGGCUUUCUCCAGCAGGGAAGUUUGGAUCCAGAGAAUUUUUGAGCGCAGACUCUCUGUUAAAGUCCAACCCUCAAGCAUGCUUGAUGAUUUUAUCAAAAUUCCUGGACACAAAGCGCGGUUACAAAAUCUUGAAACCAUUCCUUGAUCGCGGGCUUAAAGUUAUUGCAGUCACACCUGAUGUGCCUUUUUUGGUCAAGAACACGCCAGCUGAAGCUUGGCUUGAAGACGUAAAGAACGGAAAAUUGGAUCCUGGUAUUGUUUCUUUUACCAUUCAUCUUUCUGAUCUGAUUCGGAUGGCUGUAUUAUACAAGUAUGGGGGAGUUUACUUGGAUACAGAUUUCAUAGUUUUGAAAAAUUUCGAAGGCUUGAGGAAUGCGGUUGGUGUUCAAAUUACAGACGAAGCCUCUCAGGAUUGGAAGUCAGUGAACAAUGCAUUACAGAUCUUUGACAUUUGGCAUCCAAUGUUAUUCCAAUUCAUAAAGGAAUACGCCACAAAUUUUAAUCCGAACAUUUGGGGGGAAAAUGGACCGUACCUGCUUUCUAGAGUUAUUAAGAGACUAGACGCAGGACGCUCACCGGUCUACAACAUUAGUGUUUUGCCCAGAAAGGCCUUUUAUCCAAUAGAUUGGCUACAUAUAUCAAGGCUGUAUAAGAAGCCCGCGACGGAAGAAGAAUCAAAAUGGGCAGAAGAUACGGUGGCUGAGUUAAGCAGAGAGAGCUAUGCCAUACACUUGUGGAACCAAAUAUCAAGACCAUUAGUGAUUGAAGAGGGAAGUGUUAUAGAUAGAUUAAUUGCAUCUCACUGUUUGAUUUGUCAAAAAGUGUCAUAA